UUUAGCAAAUAACGUUAAAUUAGAACUUGUAGCUUCCUUCAUUUUAUCUAUCAACCGAUAUAAUAUCAAAGAGUGAAGUUGCAGAGAUAACAGAAAAGAUAGUAGAGCUAUAUAUAAGCAGUAUAAUUUUAUUUAUCAUUAGUAAUAUGUAAAGUUAAUGUGGUCGAUAAAAGAAAGAAAGAAAUUAUUGGGUGCCCUGGACGCUACGUAAAUAUAAACGAAACUAUUGUUUGGCGAUUUGAUAAUAUUCGAAUCCUCCAUGAUGAAGCUGUCGAUCUCCCUCUCGAUAGUGUUAAUUUUCUCGCCGUUGAUUGUAGUUGGAAAUAUUAUUCCGAUCGACUACGAAACGAUCGUGAAUGAGAUUUGCGAAAACGAAACUUUAACAUUAUACUUCAGUAGUUCUACACGGUUUAAUGAAAACAGUAUUGUUUCUCCUACUCUAAAAUGUAUCGUCAUAAAAGGUAACGUUCCUGAAUGGAAGAAUGGAGUUUUCAAAAACGUGCCAAAUUUGAAAUUCCUUGACCUCAGUAAUAAUGAUAUCUCUUCGGGAAAUUUAUUCGCUUUUGGUAAUCUUUCAAACGUGAAAAUACUAAAUCUCAGCAAUCAAACUACCUACUACUCAAAUUAUGUAAGCGUAGACAGCGUGUAUCCUGAACUUGAAUAUUUGAAUUUAAGACGUGCUCGCGUAGAAGACUUAAGAUCGUCAUGGGAUAAUCCAUUUCCAAAACUGAAAUAUUUGGACUUAUCAAAUAAUGCAAUACAAUCCAGACAGUCUUUGUCGAUACAAAUGCUCUCCACAUUAAUGCACAUUGAUCUGAGUGACAACGGGAUUUAUCAAUUUUCAUUUAAACAAAUGAAAAAUCUGUUGUCGUUAACGUUAGAUCGUAACAAAAUUAAGAAUCUUCAGUCAUAUAUGGGUGUUGAUCUGACAGGGUUGGAAAAGUUGGAGAAACUGUCGCUAGCGUACAAUCAGAUCUCGUACAUUAACAAUGACGCAUUUGAAGCAAUGUCCAACCUUCGGUAUUUGAACCUUUCUGGCAAUACUUUAUCGACUUUUAAUUUCGAUAUGCUUAAAACAGUGAAAUCUCUAGAUGUUCUUAUACUAGAUGAUAAUUCGUUGGAUAGUGUUCCCAUAACAACGCCUCUAAACAUAACUCAACUCUCGUUAAAUCGCAACAAUAUACGUUAUUUAGCGAUUAACACCUUUUUCUAUCUGCACGGCUUAACAAAGCUAUUUAUAGGCGAGAAUGAAAUCCAGAGCAUGCAGGUGGACACGUUUCAGAGUCAAGCGAUGUUAGAAGAGCUACAUCUGAAUGACAACCAAUUAAGUUAUUUACCAGAAGGUUGGUGUAAUUCCAUGAAAAUGUUGCGAUAUCUAAAUUUGGCGGGGAAUAAAUUCGCUUUGUUGGAAUCAGUGAUUUACUCUUCUGAUUUGCCCUUGCAACACCUACACUUUGAACGAAACCCUCUUACGUACAUUAAUGGCAGUUUAUUUCGACUGAUACCAGUAAAUAUGACGAUUUAUUUAAACGUUAAUGUAACAUCUCAGAAUACAUCAUCUGUACAUAACAGGAAAAAACUACUUGGCUACUACUAGUGGUAGAUAGAGUGUAGUAUUGAGGUAUGGACAUCUACUACAGGACCAUGUAUUGAAUGAUUUGUAAUCUAAGAAUCUACUGUAUAAAUAAACAUAUUGUAAUUCCUUGAUAAAACGA